AAAGCAGAAUUUAUUUACAGAUUAAGAAUAUCAGAUAUCUCAAAAACACCAUCGGCAAAUGCAACCACAUCUAAAGAAGAGCAGCAAAUGAUGACAGAGUAUCUGAAUGGCUUUGGAAUUGGCACCGAAGAGAUAACUAAAUAAGCUGUUUUCUGAAAAUAUGUUCCUUCAUUCUCUAUCAGUUGAUGGGAUUCUUGCUUUUUCCAGUUGUUGAUGUGGUGAGAACAGGUAGUCAUCUUGAAGUCUACAAGGAAACAAGAAAUCUAGCAAGGAUGUCUGAUAUUCUUGCUGUCCAUGCAUGGGUUGAUCCUGCAACUGGUUAUUGUCAAGGUAUGAGUGGCUUGUUGUCUCCCUUUGUCUUGCUCUUUGAGAAUAAUGUUGACGCAUUUUGGUGCUUUGAGAGGCUCAUAAGGAGACUGCGUGAGAAUUUUCAGGUGGAAGGACCAAGUCAAGUGAUGAAGCAGUUGCAAGCAUUGUGGCAUAUCUUGGAACUUACAGACGGGGAAAUCUUUGCACACUUGUCAAAUAUUGGUGCUGAAAGUCUUCAUUUUGCAUUCCCAAUGCUGCUGGUUCUAUUUCAAUGAGAGCUAUCCUUUAACAAGGUCUGUGGGAGGUUUGUUCUCUUAGUCUCACUGGAUGACAUUAACUACCAAAUCCAUCAUAUUAUUUACAUCAUAGUAUAUACAGGAAAUAUUGAUAUAUUAGUUCUAAUCUACACAUUAUAGACUGUGAUGAUCAGUAGAUCAAGUACUAAGCCAUCUACUGAAAUAACAUGGAGGACUUCUA